AUGAAGAAUGUUCUUGUGGUGAUGAUGAGCGAUCUUGUUAUACAUCAGAAUGGAGAUUUGAUAAUUGUUAACAAAGAAAAAGUUGGAUUUGCAAUUAAUUUGGUUAACACAAAACUUGAUUCUCAAAAUCAAUUAUUACAACAAAUUUUAUUUUUGCAACAACAAAAUUUUUGUAAAGAAAAUUCAAAGGUGAAAGAUAAUGUUUUUGAUAUUCAACAAAUUGUUAUUCAACAAUUGGAAGAUAAAAUAAAUUGUUUGGUUAAAGAAAUGAAUGAACAGUCAAAAUUACAUGAUCAACAAAUGAUUGAAUUUAAAGAAUUAAUGAAUGAAAAAUUAAAUGAACAGGCAAAUUUUGUUAAAAAUUAA